AUGGGACAGGCAUCAUCAACGCAAAGGGAUCAACGACAAGAAAACGCCUCACGAAGCAUUUUACCUUCACGUCCGCAUAGUGAUGGCAAUAACGGAAUCUUAAACACUCAGGACAUGUCAGGACAACCGUUGGAUACUCACCUCCCGCACGGGGAGGCGGGUGAUGCACACAGACAUAGCAUUUUCAAUCUCGAGACAGACCCAACUCCCUCAUACUUGCCAGACGCGACGAAUAGUGACAACAUAACGUCAACAGACAUGGUCGGUUACCCACAAGAAAUGGAAUCAGUACAGCCAGGUACACGGAGCGCGGCAGUAUCACGGCUCAUAUCCCGGAGACAGUCUACCAUGUCGAGAUUAGGCUCUCGGAUCCUACCUAACUCAGUGAUACGAGGGCUACUAAGUAGCGAGGAGGAGACACCGGCAGAAGGCCAUGCUCAUCGGAACGGACGCUUCUCCAGAUCUCUAUCGCGAGCUGAAACGACUCACAGUGCCCGCUUCUCUCCUUUCAACUCCUUCGGGUCCCGGGGCAUCACUCGACGCCGCUCCAUACGUGGUCCCUAUCCACUUCCUCGAGGGGAUUCAGCACUCAAUCCAGAUUCUCCACCGAAUUCCACAUAUAUCAACUCGACCUUUGAUACAUUAUCGGGUUCUCACAGAGGGUGGCGUCGUAGCCCACGUCUGAACCGCGUGCGAAACUCCUUAUCAACUCCUAUCUCUCAUAUAUUCGGGCCUUCGCCUACGCUAGCAGAGUCAGAAGAGGCAAGAGUGCCACCUCAACGUCCUUCUCGCUCAAGCAUUCCAGAUGAUUUUGAUCAGUUGCUUCCUCCCAUAACUCCCAUGGAUACUACCAUGGGUUUUAAUGAGGCGACGGAGAUGGACUCGCUAGAGCCAAGUAUGGAAGCCUCCCCACCGAUCUCGCCUCGAUCUCGGAUGAACCACGGCCCAGGCCCGGUGAGACGUCUCCCAGGCAUUCUGCGUACAAGACCACCACGGCUACAAAGACCGCAAGACCAGACUUCUCUAUCUCGGGUUCUUCAACUAGCUGCUGCUGCUAUUGCAGCGCAACUUUCAGGUUCUGCUGUGCCUACCCUUCCUAAUAUUCAGUCUCUUGGUAACGAUGGAUUGGAUGCAUCGUUGGAAAAUCUUAUAUCAAGCUUGCAGCAAGCCACUUCCAAUCAGGGUAGUCCUUCAGGGGCUUCGGGCAGUCAAACCCCAUCUUCGGAUGGCAAUGUAACGCCAACCCCAGUCAAUUUUCUCCGUGUCUUCCGCUUUGCCAAUUCUGAAAAUCAAGGACGAUCAAAUGGUGAAACCAGAGAAAACAUGACACCUCGAGUACCAGAUCAGAUGGAUAUCGACGAUUCUGGUGAAGAAACAAACGAGGGUCGCACUGUCACUCUAGUUGUUGUUGGGGUCAGAUCAGUUCCUACCAACGGUCCAGUUGGUGGUAACCAACAAAACAAUAGCGGUAUGGGUUUGGAUGCGCUUCUCGGCUUACCUCUGAUGCCGUCAAACGCUAUGCCACGCGAUCGGGCCAGCACAGGUAGUCUUUUCCGUAACGCGGAUGGUUCGCCACGGCUACCGCCACCUCGACCUGUGAAUGGAGCUACGAACUCGUUCCUUCCAGGUCUGGACAACCAGGCGCGAACUUCCUUGUCAAAUUCAUCCCAGAGGAGAGCAGAUAUGAACCCGGCAGACGGGUCUACGUCUGUUCUACCAACAUCCCUAUCUGAAAGCCCUCCUGGACCAAAUCCACCCCCAUCAACUCCAGCGGAGCCUACGUUAUCUACAGUAUCAUCAGAAAAUUCGACUCCAAGCCGGCGGCCGUCUUCAGCUUCGGCUAUGUUUCCCAAUAUCCUCCCUCAAGUUCACGAAGAAUCCUCAGAACAGCCUGCAGUCGAGUCAGAAACCGCGGCCAACACGGCGGCCCCUGCUGGUGCCCGGCAACGUCGACGAAGUGACUCAGAAUUUGCUCGUCACCGCCAUCUAGGCUUGGGUGCAGCGAGACGCAAUGGGGUCGUCGAGCCAGACCAACCCUCGCCAUCUAUAGGUCGUACUUGGGUCAUAUAUGUUGUUGGCACCAACCUUUCUGAGAACCAUCCAGCCUUUGCAACCCCAAGUCUAUUCACUGAGAACCCCACCUACGAAGAUAUGAUCCUUCUCUCUUCACUCCUCGGACCAGCGAAGCCUCCCGUUGCCACAGAAGCAGAUGUUACUUCAGCUGGCGGUUUAUUCCGUUUGGUUGAGUAUGCCGGUGCAUUAGUAGCAGAAUCCUUGGAGGGUGAGGAAAGAAUUGGAAUUUCCGAGACUGAAAGAUGCCUGAUCUGCUUGAGCGAGUAUGAAGCUGCAGAUGAGGUUCGACAACUCUCUAAAUGCAAGCAUAUAUACCACAAAGAAUGCAUUGACCAGUGGCUCACCACUGGACGAAAUUCGUGCCCUCUCUGCCGGGGUCAAGGUGUGACUGAAUCUUCUGCUUCCAACAAUUCCAAUAACUUGCCAACUCAGGAGGCAUCCGCAUAA